CUCUCUCUCUCUCUCUCUCUCUCUCACUCUCUCUCUCUCUGUCUCUUCUCGCUCCCUCUCUUUCUCUCCUCCCUCUGCCUUCUCGGUGCAUAAAGUCUCCGUCGCUCCCGGAACUUGUUGGCAAUGCCUAUUUUUCGGCUUUCCCCCGCGUUCUCUAAACUAACUAUUUAAAGGUCUGCAGUCGCAAAUGGUUUGACUAAACGUAGGAUGGGACUUAAGUUGAACGGCAGAUAUAUUUCACUGAUCCUCGCGGUGCAAAUAGCCUACCUGGUGCAGGCCGUGAGAGCAGCGGGCAAGUGCGAUGCAGUCUUUAAGGGCUUUUCGGACUGUUUGCUCAAGCUGGGCGACAGCAUGGCCAACUACCCGCAGGGCCUGGACGACAAGACGAACAUCAAGACCGUGUGCACAUACUGGGAGGAUUUCCACAGCUGCACGGUCACAGCCCUUACGGAUUGCCAGGAAGGGGCGAAAGAUUUGUGGGAUAAACUGAGAAAAGAAUCCAAAAACCUCAACUUCCAAGGCAGCUUAUUCGAACUCUGCGGCAGCGGCAACGGGGCGGCGGGGUCUCUGCUCCCGGCGCUCCCCGUGCUCCUGGUGUCUCUCUCGGCAGCUUUAGCGACCUGGCUUUCCUUCUGAGCGCGGGGCGGCUCCCCCCGCGCGCCCACCCACACUCACCUCAUGCUCCCAGAAACCGAGAGGAAGAUCCAUUCGUUCUUUGGGGACGUUGUGAUUCUCUGUGAUGCUGAAAACACUCAUGUAGGAUUGUGGGAAAUCCUGAUUCUCUUUAUGAUUUCGUUCGAUUUCUUGUGUUUUCUUUGCCACAUGUUCCCAGUCAGUGAGCGCGCAAGCACAGCCCAAAUCGGACCUCAGCUUUAGUCCGUCUUCACACACAAAUAAGAAAACGGCACACCCACCCCCAUUUUUAAAUUUUUAUUUUUUUGGCAAAAGAAUCUCAGGAACGGCCCUGGGCCACCUACUCUAUUAAUCAUGUGAAUAGCAUGAGAAAUGACGGGCUCCUCCUGCUAGGACAGCGAGGAGAGCAGAAGGCCAGGGAGAGGAUUCAAGAGCGAUGUCCUCGGGCGAAGCACACGGGGAAAAACUCACACUCACGUCGUUCCUCCACAGUCUCUUGUGUUGGUCAUUUCCACUGCACAUUUCUCCUCGAGAAGAGCGAAAGGACAGAUGGCUGGCUCUGUGUUUUGAGGCUAGGAGGGAGAGCGGCCGGGGUUGAGGAAAUGGCUGGUAUCACCGUCGAGGCUCCCGAAGAAACGCUGCUAUGGUCCCUGAGGGGUUAGCUUUCCCUGCUGUUGUCGACGCAUCUUUCCAAGUCCACUGCCUUUAUUUUCCCUCCUCUCUCUUGUUUUAGCUGUUACACAUACGGUAAUACCCGAAUAUCCAACGGUAUAGAUCACAAGGGGGGGAUGUUAAAUGUUAAUCUAAAAUAUAGUUAAAAAAAGAUUUUCACAUAAAAGAGCCUUGAUUUUAAAAACAGAGAGAGAGAGAGAUGUAAUUUAAAAAGUUUAUUAUAAAUUAAAUCCAGCAAAAAAGAUUUGCUACAAAGUAUAGAGAAGUAUAAAAUAAAAGUUAUUGUUUGAA